AUGGAAUUUUUACAACAACUUCCAUAUUCAUCAAUUGCUGGUGCUCUUGAAUAUCAAGCACAAACAAAACCAGAAAAAACUGCUAUACUUUAUCCCGAUUUAAAUAAAGAUUCAAGAGAAUAUGCAUCUCUAACUUAUAAACAAUAUAAUAAUGUUACUAAUUAUUUAGCUGAAAAAAUUUCCAAACAUUUACCAAAUUCUUCAUCAAAUGAAUUAUUAACAUGUGGACUUUUAGCAAUAGGUGGUUUAGAAUAUUUAUUAUCUCAAUAUGCAUUAUUAAAACUUCCUAAUGUUAUUAUGUUUCCAAUAUCUGCAAGAAAUUCUCAAGCAGCAAUUGAACAUUUAUUAAAAGAAACAAAAACAGUUGUUUUAUUAACAACAUCUCAAUAUUUACCAGUGAUAAAAACAAUUCAACAAGAACAAAAAGAACUUCAAUCUUUGAAAAUUUUACUUUUAGAUAGUGAAGAUUUUCAAAUUGAAGAAAUAUUAAAAAAUAAAGAUAUUGAAUAUUCGAUAUCAACAAGUGUUAAUACAAUCGAGAAAAAGAAAGAUGAUGAACUUAAUAAAGUAGUUGUUAUUCUUCAUAGUUCUGGAUCUACAGCUCAUCCAAAACCAAUUUAUUUAACAAAUCGUUAUUUUUUAAUUAGUUAUUCUUUUUAUUUAUCUCUUACUAAAGAUUUUUGGAAAGAAGAUGAUGUUAUAUUAACAUGGGGAGCAUUAUUUCAUCUAUUGGCUUUUACUGGAACCGUACGUUCUAUUGUAAUUGGAUGUACAUAUGCAUUACCACUUUGUAUUAGUUUUCCACCGAAACCAGAUGAAUUAUUACACAAUAUACAAGUUAAAAAUGGUAUUACAGUUCUAAUUUCAGUACCAACUUUACUAGAACAACUUGUACGAGAAUUACUUUCAGAAAAAAAUGUUCAUAUUGGAUUAAAACCAUUACAAAAAUUGAGAUUUGUUACGUAUGCUGGAGCUGGUUGUCCAGAUGAAUUAUGUAAAACUUUAGUUGAUAAUGAUGUUACCUUAUUAAGUGGUUAUGGUGCUACAGAAACCGGUGUUGUUCUUUUCACUAAUUGUAAUCCUUACAAUAAAAGAUGGAAAUUUAUGCAACUUGCUGAUAUUCGAAAACCUUUUGUUCGUAUUGAAACGCCUCCAGAUGCUCAAAGUCCAAAUGAAAAAAUCUUAAUUCAUUUACCAAAUGAUCCAUAUUUAGCAGAAAAUAUUUCUAAUACUCCUGAUGGUUGUUAUGUUGUUGGUGAUAUACUUCUUGAAGAUCCACCUAAUUCGGGAGAAUAUAGAAUUUUAGGUCGUCAAGAUGAUACUUUAGUUCAUAUUACAGGUGAAAAAACAAAUCCAAUACCAAUGGAAUAUACAAUUCGAAGUUCACCACUUAUUAAAAAUGUUGCUAUUAUUGGUCAUAAUCAAUUUUGUACAGCUGCUUUGAUUCAAUUAAAUAUUGAAGAAGCAUCAAAUUAUGAUUUUAAUGAAAUAGAAGAAAGUGUAUGGAAAAUAGUACAAGAAGCAAAUAAAGAAGCACCAUCUCAUUCACGUCUUGUUCGACAACUUGUUAAGAUUUUACCAAUGAAUAAAACUUUAUUUGUUACACAUAAAGGAAAUUUAAUGAGACAAAAAAUUAAUCAAGAAUAUUCAGCAUUAAUUAGUAAUAUUUAUGAUAAAUUUUUAAAUCAACAAUAUCAGGAAAAACAGCAACAACAACAACAACAAAAUCAAACUAUCGGAGAAAAAAAACAAUCUAAAUGGACAAAAGCAACAAUUGAAAAAUAUCUUGAAGAAAAAUUAAAAUCAUCUCUAGGAAAUAUUAUUGAUUAUUCGCAAUCAAUCUUUAAUUUUGGAAUUAAUUCUUUACAAAUUAUUGAAUUAAGAAAUUUCAUAUGUCAAGAUAUUUAUGAAAUACCAAAAAAUUUUCUUUAUGAAUAUUCUUCAAUUGAUCAAAUAGCUGAAAAAUUAAUUGAAUUUAUAGAAAAUGGAAAUGUUCAGAAUCAAGAAGAUGAUCCAUAUCAUUAUAAAUUAACUGAACAGAUUAUUGAGAAAUAUAUUCAUUUAACUAAAACAAAUGAAAUUUCAAAAAAUAAUAUAAGAAAAAAUCAAAUGUCAGAACGUGUUUUUCUACUUACAGGUGCUAAUGGUUCAUUAGGAUGUUUUAUUCUUCAAAAUUUACUUAAUCAAUCACAAUCAAUUGUUAAACGUGUCUAUUGUCUUUUACGUGGUUCAAAUACAAAAGAACGUCUUUUUGAAUCAUUUCAACAACGACAAUUAGAUAUUUCUAUUCUAACAAAAUCAUUAGAACAACAACGUCUCAUUAUUUUAUCAUCAUCAAUGAAUUUAAGUGAAGAACAUUUCGGACAAUCUGAUCAUGUCUAUCAAGAGUUAAAUAAUAAUAUAACCGAUAUUAUUCAUUCUGCAUGGAAAAUGAAUUUUAAUCAAACUAUAAAAGAUUUUGAAUAUGAUUCAAUACUUGGAGUUUAUAAUCUUUUAAAAUUCUCAUCUUUAAAUAAUAUUCAAUUUCAUUUUAUUUCAAGUAUUUCAUCAGCUGGAUCAGGUCUAUUAAAUAUUAUUCAAGAAGAACCAUUACCAAGAAAAGCAGAAAUUGCAUUACCACAAGGUUAUGGACAAUCGAAAUAUGCAAGUGAACAUUUAUGUUGGGCAGCAAUGAAUUUUUGGAAUGUUCCAGUUAAUAUUUAUCGUGUUGGUCAAGUGAGUGGUGAUACACAAAAUGGUGUAUGGAAUACAACUGAAAUGGCUGCAAUGAUGAUCUAUGCUGGUGCUGGACAAUUACAUAAAAUGCCAAAUAUUGGUCAGGAUAUUAAUUGGAUACCUGUUGAUAUUUGUAGUAAUGCAUUUGUUGAACUAGCAUUAAAAUCUUCAUUUGAUAUUUCAAUAUCACCUAAUGAACGUGUUUAUCAUCUUCUUAAUCCACAUAUCAUUACAUAUGAAGAUUAUUUGAAUUGCCUUCGAGAAGCAGGACUCAUUUUUGACACUGUUUCUUUAAAAGAAUUUCUUGAUACAAUUCUGACAACAAAAGAUACAACAAAUCCACUUAUUAAAUUAUCUUCAUUUUUUGAACAAAUAUUCAGUAAAAAAGAUCGAUCAAAACUAGCCAAAUAUGAAACAAUUAAAACAGUUGAUAAAUGUCAAGCUUUACAAAAUUGUCCACAAAUUGAUUCACAUUUAAUUCAAUUAUAUUUAAAUUAUUGGAAAAAAUGUCAAUUAUUAAAAGAACAGAAAACUGAACAAGAUUGUAAUAAUUUAUUACAUGUAUUAGAAGCUAAUAAUGUUUCGAAAAGUAAUGAUGAUGCUGAACCAGCACUUAUGAUUGAUGAAAGUCAAGGAGAUUCCGAUGAAGAAAGUGGCAGUGAAGAAUUUGAAGAUCCAGAAACUGACGAAAUAGAUGAUAUUAACAAAACCAUGCGUAUAAAUUCUAGAUCCAAAAGUUAG